AUGUUGACGAACACUCCGAGGGCGGCCAUACGGUCCACACGCGUCUUGAGAGUCCGGCAACCAAUUCGACCCCGACAACCUCGCAGUCUCCGAUUCCAGUCCACCUCAGCACCCAAAGACACAUCUUCGGCCUCAUCCCCUGCUCUUAUAGGUGGAAUAGCUGGCGGAGCUGUCGCGCUGUUGGGAGGCUACCUGUGGUAUCAGUUGUCGGGUGCGAAAACUGUCUUGAACAAUGUCCAUGCAGCCAAAUCCUACGUUGACAAUGCCUUCCAAAAAACAACGCAGUCGGCUCCUGCUCCCAACGAAGCUAUCCAGUGGCUACGCGAGACCGUGAAUAGUUACACGAAGAUGAUCCCCGGAGCAUCAAAGUACGUAGACUCUGCUUUUGAUGAUCUCGACAAGGUGCGGGAAAAGCACGGAAAGGAAGUGGACAAAAUCAUCAAUGAAACACAUGGAGAAUUGAAAGAUGUGACAAAAGCCGGGUUCAGCGUCGAAGCCGUCAGCAGGGCCUGGGAUGUACUGCAAAAGUGCUUCGGCCGUAUCGCAAGUCUGGCCUCGGACGCCGCUGACGAUAUCCUUGAUAACCACCCCGAAUUGAAGGAUAAAGUCGGUGGGAAUCUUCAACAACUGAAGCAAAUGGGCGAGCAUUACGGGCCCGAAGCUAAACAGAAGGUUGACGAGACGUGGCAGCAGGUCCGAGAUAUCUUGAAGGGGGGAGUGAGCGUGGAGACGGCGACUAAGCUACAGAGUUUGGUGCAAGAGAAGACGCAAGAGCUGAAGCAGUACGGUGAUCAAGCGUGGCAGAAGGGGAUCGAGCAAGCCAAGCCACUUCUGGACAAGCAGCCACAAUUGAAAGAGCUGCUCGAGAGCAACAAGGAAAAGCUCCUCCAAGGCGACCUCGGCCAGCUAUGGCAGAAGGUACAAGAGGCAAGCAAGUCGGGGAAAACAGACGACCUCCAAUCAUUCGUCAAGGAGCAAGCCAACAAAGUCUCGGGUGGCAGUGCUAGCGGUGGCAUCGAACAAUUCCUCCAUAUGAUACCUGGAGGCAAGGAACUCGGCCCCAAGCUGCAGCAAUUGCAAGAGCUGAGUCAGAAGCACGGACAGGAGGCGGAAAAGCUGGUCAAAAGCGCAAUAGAGGACGUCCAAAAGGUUCUGUCGCAGAAGGUUGAAGAAGGCCAGAAGUUGAAGGAGAAAGCCAAGGCUGAUGCGAAGAAGCAAUAA